AUGUCCGGUGCAAGGCAUUGGGAGCAGGAUAAAGAAGCCACCGUCUACAUUGGCAAUCUUGACGAAAGGGUCACAGAUAGCCUAGUAUGGGAGUUGAUGCUGCAGGCAGGGCGCAUCGUUAACGUUCACCUGCCGAAAGAUCGAGUCACACAGUCCCACCAAGGUUACGGGUUUGUUGAAUUCAUCAGCGAAGAGGAUGCAGAAUAUGCAUCCCGAAUAAUGAACGGGAUCCGUUUAUAUGGGAAGCCAAUACGCGUGAACAAAGCGUCUGCUGACAAGCAGAAGUCGGUGGAAAUCGGCGCAGAGCUUUUUGUUGGGAACCUUGACCCUAUGGUCACGGAGCAAGUCCUUUAUGAUACAUUCAGUCGGUUUGGGAACUUGGUCAAUUUACCGAAGAUUGCACGAGAUGACAAUAACUUAUCAAAGGGAUAUGGAUUUGUGUCGUUCGGCGAUUUUGAGUCAUCGGAUGCCGCCAUAGCAAACAUGAAUGGCCAGUACCUCAUGAAUAAGCAAGUCUCGGUACAAUACGCCUAUAAGAAAGAUGGCAAGGGUGAACGCCAUGGUGAUCAAGCGGAGCGGAUGUUAGCUGCGCAAGCCCGUAAGCAUAAUGUACGCCCACCGACUCAGCCUUUACAAUCUCCAUUCUCAGGUUCAGGGACCCCUAUGGUACCCCCGGCUAUGGCCAAUGGUGAUAGCUCUAGGCAGAUCAGCACUGGUCCUCCAGACCUAGGGAUGGGCAGAGGUGUUGCGCCCCCUAAUGUUGGUUUUUCGAAUGUGCCUCCCCCGCAACAACACAGGUCUGUUCCACCUGCGACACCUUUGGCAAAUCCACCACCAGGCUUGCCAGCACGGCCUCCACCUUCACAAGCUGGCUAUGGAGGUCCACCGCAGGCUUUCUUACCUCCAGCCUUCAACAAUGCGGGUCAGCAACCAUCUUUUCCUCCACAGCCAGCACCGCCUCCAGGCUUUGCUCCUCCCGGAUUUAGCCCUCCUACUGGGAAUGCUGGCCCCCCACCACCGUUACCCCCAGGAUUUCAGCAGCCAGCCUAUGGUCGAGGGCGCUAG